GAUGACAUUUACAUGUAUGGAGGCAAAAUUGAAACAAAUACUGGUAACGUCACUGAUGAACUAUGGAUUUUCAACAUACCAAGUCAGAUCUGGAGCCUUCGAAUUCCAGCAAUGCUUGUUCAUGGCCAGCAAUAUGCAGUCGAGGGUCACUCAGCACACAUAGUGGAACUUGACAGCAGGGAUGUCAUCAUGCUUGUAAUUUUUGGUUACUCUGUAAUAUAUGGAUAUACAAGCAGCAUUCAAGAGUAUUAUAUCAGAUCAAAUUCUUGGCUUGUACCAGAAACAAAAGGAGCAAUAGUACAAGGUGGAUAUGGCCAUACCAGUGUCUAUGAUGAUACAACAAAGUCUGUAUAUGUUCAUGGAGGCUACAAAGCAUUGCCCAGUAAUAAAUAUGGAUUGGUUGAUGAUCUUUACAAAUAUGAAGUUAAUACUAGAACAUGGACAAUUUUAAAAGAAAGUGGCUUUGCAAGAUAUCUCCACUCGGCUGUUUUGAUGAAUGGAGCAAUGUUAAUUUUUGGUGGAAACACUCAUAAUGACACUUCAUUAAGUAAUGGUGCGAAGUGUUUUUCUGCGGAUUUCCUGGCCUAUGACAUUGCUUGUGAUGAAUGGAAAAUUCUUCAAAAACCAAGUCUUCAUAGGGAUGUGAACAGAUUUGGUCAUUCUGCAAUUGUCAGCAAUGGGUCCAUGUAUAUAUUUGGAGGCUUUUCAAGCAUUUUGUUGAAUGACAUCCUUGUAUACAAACCUCCAAAUUGUGAAGCAUUCAGGGAUGAAGAUCUUUGUAAAACUGCUGGGCCAGGAUUAAGAUGCUUAUGGAACAAAAAUCACUGUGUGUCAUGGGAACUUGGACAGGAUACUAACAUCCUUAGGCCAAAAUGUCCCAGAAAAAUGGCCGCAGCAGAUGACAGAUGUUACAAAUAUGCAGACUGUGCCAGUUGUACUGCUAAUACAAAUGGCUGUCAAUGGUGUGAUGAUAAGAAAUGCAUUUCUGCAAACAGUAACUGCAGCAUGUCAGUGAAGAACUACACCAAAUGUCAUGUAAGAAACGAACAGAUAUGUAAUAAGUUGACUAGUUGCAAAAGCUGUUCUCUAAACCUCAAUUGCCAGUGGGAUCAGCGACAGCAAGAAUGUCAAGCUUUACCAGAAGAUAUCUCCUUGGGUGGGUCUACGCAAGAUUAACAUCUCCUACUGGGGAUGGGAUGAUAUGUCUCCCUUUACUAAUACAACAUUGCAGUGGCUUCCUGGAGAACCAAAUGACUCUGGAUUCUGUGCCUAUCUUGAAAGGGCUGAAGUAGCAGGUUUAAAAGCAAAUCCUUGUACAGCUAAGGUGGAUGGCCUUGUCUGUGAGAAACCUGUUGUUAGUCCAAAUCAAAAUGCUCGACCCUGCAAAAAGCCAUGCUCUUUAAGGACGACAUGUUCCAACUGUACCAGCAGUGGCAUGGAAUGCAUGUGGUGUAGCAGUACAAAACGAUGUGUCGAUUCAAAUGCUUACAUCAUUUCCUUUCCAUAUGGCCAAUGUUUAGAGUGGCAAACUACCACUUGUUCUCCUCAAAACUGUUCGGGGUUGAGGACUUGCAGUCAGUGCCUGGAACAUCCAGGAUGUGGAUGGUGCAAUGAUCCCAGUAAUACAGGCAAAGGCCAUUGUGUAGAAGGUUCGGCAAGGGGGCCCGUGAAGUUUAGUGGGACUCAUUCUACUGAAAUAGUUAUUGACAAUAAUCUUUGUGCUAAAGAAAAAAAUUAUGAAUGGUCUUUUAUCCAAUGCCCAG